CCGAGAAAAUAGCAUAUUAUGUCCCUUAUGAGAUACCCUACUAAUUAAUUGUUCUGCGUGAUUUUCCUUACAGAUGUGUAGAGAAAUUUGCGAAGACGUAUUCCUAUGGCUUUAUGACGCAGCUUCUAUCCAGUAUGGCGGCGAUUUGCGUUGUAAUGGUUCAAGUUUCGCAAGAUGCAUCUAGCUUCAAAUCCAUACGUCUAGUUACAUCGUUAGCUUUCUUUGCGGCUAUGAUUAUACAGUUGGCUAUUCAGUGCUUCACAGCAAAUGAACUGACAUAUCAAGCUAGUCUAGUAUCAGAGUCUGUAAUGCAAUGCAAAUGGGAGCGAAUGCCACCGCGGCUUCGCCCCCUAUUAAUCAUGAUUAUGAUGAGAACACAGAGGCCUCUACGUUUGACUGCAGCUGGAUUUGCUAAUAUGGACAAUAAUUGCUUUCUAGCAAUAAUGAAAGCUGCCUAUUCAUACUACGCUGUAUUAAGUCAAAAACAAUGAACAACUUCAUUUGCAGUCGUAAAAUAAAACGAUGAUUUAUUAUUAAUUACUAUUUAUUAACAAAUCACACGAACACUUACACAA